AUGGAACGAUCCGAGUUGCUUUAUCACACAUGGGGUCGUUGGCUCGCUGCUGUCACCGUGGCCUUUGUGGGAAAAUUAUCCGCAAUAUGCUACUUCAUAUGGUUCGUGAAGUUAAAAGUAGGAAGACUUUGUGUCCAAGAAAAGUUGAGGGUGGAUUCCGUACAGAAACUAUAUGCAGCCUUAGCGACAAGUUUGAUGCAUGAGCUGCUCGAAAAAGAGGCCACUACCGCAGCAUCCGAACAACCACAUCGACAAAGCAAUGACAAUUGGUUACCGGGGUCGGAUCCACUUAUCAAGCGCAAAGCACAAGCACAAGCACAACAGCUGUAG